AUGGCUGAGAUGUGCGAAAGCCGACCACUCAUAGACACCUUUCCAGAAAUUGCAGACAACCACUUCAACAGCCUGAUAUUGGCGCUGUGGGGCUUUUCGCAGGACUACAGUUACCUGGGCUUGCGAGGCAAGUUGGCUCAUCUCAGACAUGUGUCGGUCGUUGUCAUCAGCGGUCGCUUCACAUCUUCUGAGACCGACGAGGUCAAGUGGGCGAUUGCACAUUUCCAGCCUCGGUUGCGAGACAGCAUCAGAGUGCCGACCGAAGGGUUCGAGUACGUGAACGCGAUUGGAGCGGCCCGCCUUGCGGAGGUUGUCACCGACUUCGAGCUGGCCGAGCAUGAUGCGUGGAGACAUGAGGAGAUUUCACUGCAGUCAAUGCCGUACGGGGAAGAUUCGUGGGAUCUUGAAAGCAGCAGACGUUAG